AUGUCCAACGACGGCAAUGUCGGCGAGACGGAAACCGCCGUAGAGCAGCUCUCUGAAAACACCGUCGAGUACAUGCUCUUUGUCGUGGAGGACCAGCAAUCCGAGGCCCGUAAAGCACGUACUCGUCUCGAAGCUAUUCGAAAAGCAGCAGUUGAGCUCGUUCAGUCACUCACAAAAGACUACAUCUGGCAGCGUGAGGGGUUUGAGAUUUCGCUGAAGAGCGAGCAUGGACUGCUGUUUCUACAUGGCACCACCGACUAUGGAGAUGCCAUUGAGGAUGAAUGGCUCAUUGUCUACAUUCUCUGUGAACUGACCAAAGCCCAUCCCGAUCUCUGGCUUCGAGUGGGAGACUCUGAUGGAGAAUUCCUCUUGGUCGAAGCGGCCAAUGUCCUUCCCAGGUGGCUGAGCCCGGAAAUCGAUCGCUAUCGUGUAUGGAUACAUCUUGGAAAGAUCUUUCUCAUACCCCUCAGUUCCAAGGGUAGAGACGAGUCCGAACAGUUGCCGCUCCUACAGGCCGUCACGUUUCUACGAUCAAAUCCUGACGCCCUGGUUCACCUCCCUGCCAUCGAUUCUGAAGCAUUUCACAGAUUAAAAAAGUAUCCGGAUCAAAUCUCCAAUUCCAUCCACCAUGCUCUUGUUACAAUCCCCAGGGCAGUAGCCUACAUUUUACAUGCUCUUCCAAAGACCAUUGCCCCUGCCGUUGAACACUUUUACUUGAGAGAUGCCAACUCACUGAAGCCCAUUCUAUCCUCAUCGGCCUCUUUGCAAUUUCCAUCAGAAGACCUCGUCACAGUCAGUGUACGAUUCAGCAAAACCCUGUUUGCUCAGCUCAAGUCCCAAAGAUUCGACACACCACCAAGGUGGGAGGCCCUGCUCCGGAAAAAUACAAACGUGGAGCUGCUCUCAAAAGAAGACCAGAAAAAAUUCGAACAUUUAGAGACUGGCAUGAAGCUCACCUGUGGAUUCGAGAUGCUUGCAGCCAAUGCAGAGAGUAGCAAGAGCAGAGUCGUCCGCGAGAUGGCCAUCAUGUUGGAGGAUCUGCGAGAGGAUGGAAGUUCAUGUUUACCAUCCAAUGAAGACAUGAAGCUGUGGGAGAACGCCGGCAGAGAUGAUGAUGAUUCGUGGCUUGAUAUUAACUAUGAAGAAUUUGAGCGUGAGCUAGAAGGAAAGCAAGCCCAGCCUUCGUCUUCAAAGGCGGCGUCUGGCUUUGGCGAAGCCCAGACACAAGAGAACCUGAGAAAGAUAGUCUCGCGUUUCGAGGCUUUCCUCAACGAUGACACUGCGGGUUUGGAUGGUGCUGAGCUUGAUAGAAUGGACGUCGACGAUGAUGACGAGGACGAUGAAGAAGAUCAAGACGAGGAGGUGAGCUUCGAUGAAGAAGCAUUCUCCAACAUGAUGAAAGAAAUGAUGGGUAUCGCUACAGCAAACCCUAAAGAAGGAGGAAAGGCUCGUAAAGUCGAGGCGGUCGAGGACCGCACCGAUAGCGAUGCAGAAGAAGACAGGGACAUACAAGAGCUUGCCUCUCGCAUGGAGGCCGAGCUCAAAGAGUACGGCACCCUCCAGCUCGAUCCGCAAACUACCGAGCGUGCGAUAAAGUCAAUGGAGAGCGUGGAGAAGGAGAAGGAAAAGAGUGAUCGUAAGCAAAAGCAGCCGCUACAAGGAGAAAGCAGUCACGCGGCAGAUUCUACCGAUGACGAGGAUGGCGAGGUCGACAUUGACUACAACCUGGCCAAGAAUCUUCUCGAGAGCUUCAAGAGCCAGGGAGGCAUGGCUGGCCCUGCGGGAAACCUCAUGGGGCUCAUGGGGUUCCAGUUACCCCGUGAUGAAGACAGCGGGAGCGAACGCGCGGAUGAUGCGCGAUAG